AUGGUUGGGUCAAGAUCUCUCCGGGCGUACCUCUGGUCCGACAAGUCGCCUGAAGAGAGGAAGCUUGUCCGCAAGGUUGACUGGUUUAUCCUAUCUUUCUGCUGCUUGAUGUACUUUUUCAACUAUCUUGACAGGUCGAACUUGACUCAAGCAUAUGUCUCGGGCAUGGAAGAAGACCUUGGUUUCAAGGGCAACCAAUUGACCCAGAUCACCACCAUAUUUACAUGUGGCUAUAUAGUUGGCAUGGUGCCAUGUAACUUGGCUCUUUACUACAUCAGGCCGAGGAUAUUCUUUCCUUCCAUGACUGUUCUUUGGGCCGCCCUCACCAUGGUCACGGCGGCAGCACGCAAACCUGAACAUAUAAUGGCGAUUCGAUUCUUCGUGGGUGUUGCAGAGUCCAGUACAUUUAUCGGCACUCAUUACAUCCUGGGUUCGUGGUAUACCGAGAGUGAGUUGGGCAAGAGAAGUGGCAUCUUCACUUCUUCCGGUUUGGCUGGAACAAUGUUUGGCGGCUUCAUUCAAGCUGGUAUCUACAAGAGCAUGAAUGGUCUUCAAGGACUCGCCGGGUGGAAAUGGCUUUUCAUUAUUGAUGGAUUAAUUACCCUGCCAGUCGCUGUCUACGGCUUUUUACUGUUUCCUGAUACUCCCUCAACGACAACCGCGCCAUAUCUGUCCGCCGAAGAACGAGCUCUGGCCUUGUCAAGAGUGCCCGAAGUGCCGGAGCAAAAGCCAAUAUCGCUAUCGUUUGUGAAGCGAGUCUUCAAAUCUUGGCAGUUUUAUGGCUUUGUGGUGCUUUGGAUCAUUGCAGGAGAAACGGAGAGUUUCAGCUCCAAUAGUUUGUUGGCAUUGUACAUGAAAGCCGAGCCGUCGGAAAAUUACAGCGUAUACCAACUCAACAACUACCCUACCGGAGUUCCCGCCGUCGGCAUUGUAUCGACCCUUUUCUGGGCCACCCUUACCGAUUUCUAUGGCGGCAAGAGAUAUUUGGUGGCUUACUGGAUCGCCACCACUGGUAUCAUUACUUCUGCCAUCAUACUCGCACCAUCGACGACUGUCGCCGGGCAUUUUGGGGCCUAUUACUGGGCGGGUUCGGUGUACGCGUGCCAAGCAACAUUCUUCGCCUGGGCGAAUGAUGCCUUGAGAUAUGAAGAAGACUCGCUUCGAGCUAUCGUGAUUGCAUGCAUGAAUCUUGGAAGCAACGCCGUCAAUGCGUGGUGGUCAAUUGUCUUCUAUUCUGCUGAUUUCGCACCCAAAUUUACCCGUGGUAUGUGGGCCAUGAUAGCGGUCAGUAUUGCAAUGGCCAUCUGGACAUGUGGUUUGCAAAUUAUCGAAAGGAAGUACAGGAAGACUACGCCCGUUACUGCUGGUGGACAAACCGUAUCUGAAGAACUUGAGAAGGAGACAAUCAGUGGCGAGGAGAAAUUAUAG